AGAUUCACUAUCUGUGAAGUGUGAGAAGUCGGUAAAUGAACGGGGCAGGGCGUAGGCAUCUAGCGAUGAAAUCAAAAACUUAAUCUACUAUUUCGUAUAAAACAUACUGUAAUGAUAUAUUGAUACUUUAGUUUUGUUUUAGUUAGGUGGUUGUGACAUUAAAGUAGUAUCGCAUAUUGUUCAAAGUUUGCAGCUCGACGGUAACUUGUUACAGAAACAAUGAAGAACAGAAGUUUGGCCGGCAAUUGUGGCAUUGGAGUGUUUGUCAUUGCCCUUGUGACGGUGGCAUUGGCAUUCGGCACGCCCAAUUGGCUGGUCAGCGACUACAGGAUAAGGGGCUCCAGGCUGGACAAAUUAGGCUUAUGGAGUCAUUGCUUUAGGUCUCUCCCCGAUCCGUAUGACCAAUACCAGAGACGAUUCUUUGUGGGAUGCCGCUGGGUGUACGAUCCGUUUACUACGGGUUACGAUAGAAUACGAGGAUUUUUAUUACCGGGUUUCAUGAUCGCCACUCAGUUUUUCUUCACACUAUGUCUCCUCGGUGUACUGAUAUCGACCAUCCUGGUGCUGAUAUUCUUCCUGUGUUGCGGACCUGAUCAAAACCGAUUUGUGACCUUAAUCAAGACUAUAGGAUACAUCAUGUUGGGCUCAGGCAUCUGCGGAGUAAUAGCAGUGAUUGUAUUUGCGUCGCUGGGCAAUGCGGAUGGGUGGAUGCCGAACCAUGAAAAUAACUAUUUAGGUUGGUCCUUCGGUUUGGGAGUGGUCGGCGCCGUCAGCUGCCUCAUCGCGGCAGCGCUCUUCUUGACGGAGGCCAACAUCCAGCACAAAAAGCGAAACAAGCUCAAGGAAUCACAAGCGCAGUUCGAAUUGGAACAGGAUUCCAAAGCAUAACAACAAAUUACUAUUAAGGUCAAGC